CUCACUGCAAGCAUGGCCGGGGACAGUGAAGCACACCUCAGGGACCGCGGCGAGAACACCGACGUUAUCCGACAGCCUUUCCUCAUCGGUGUCUCCGGGGGCACGGCUAGCGGCAAGUCGUCCGUAUGUGAGAAGAUUAUGGAGCUGCUGGGCCAGAACAAGAUCGACCACCACCAGCGGCAGGUGGUGAUCCUCAGCCAGGACAGCUUCUACAAGGUGCUAACUGCAGAGCAGAAGGCAAAAGCACUUAAGGGCCAGUUCAACUUUGAUCACCCAGAUGCCUUCGACAGUGAGCUGAUAAAACAAACACUCAAGCAAAUCCUGCAGGGGGAGACGGUCCAGAUCCCAGUUUAUGACUUUGUAACUCAUUCCAGGAAAGAGGAGUUUAUUACGGUGUAUCCGGCUGACGUGGUCCUGUUUGAGGGCAUCCUCAUGUUCUACUCGCAGGAAAUCAGAGAUCUGUUCCAGAUGAAGCUGUUUGUUGACACGGAUCCAGACACACGACUCUCUCGCCGAGUUCUUCGAGACAUCAGUGAGCGUGGGAGGGAGCUGGAGCAAGUGCUGGCUCAGUACAUCACUUUUGUGAAACCGGCCUUUGAAGAGUUCUGUUUACCAACAAAAAAGUAUGCAGAUGUGAUUAUUCCACGAGGAGCAGAUAACCUUGUGGCCAUCAACUUGAUAGUCCAGCACAUCCAAGACAUUCUGAACGGCGGACUAAGCAAGCGCCACAACGGCUGCACGAACGGCCACAGUACUCCACGCCAGCGGCGGACCUCAGAGUCCAGCAGCCGGCCUCAUUGACCUCGUCACACCUUCACACAAGCCAGGGGGGGGCGGGCGGGGUGCGCGCUGUAAAUAAUGCCUUUUUGGCAUUCCUGUAUUUAAGAGAUGCAAAAAUAAUUGAAAUGCCUUUUAUGACUACUCUUGGGUACUUUCAUUGUAAUUAUUGAAGUUAGUUUUUUUUUUUUUUCUUUCUUAGCAGGUUAAAGGAGAAGCUCUUAUUGCCAUGAGACCAUGGGUUAAAAUUGACCCCAUGCAUUUUCCUCCCAAAUUGCAUUUUGUUUUUUAUGUAUUCCCUGCUGCUCUAUGAUAAAUUGUGCCGCUAAUGAAUAAAAGAGGGGAACCCUUUUUCUUUAUUGCAAUGUCUGAUAAAACUUGAACCCCUUAUAGCAGGGAGGCUGAUACAUGUUUGGUUGGGUCCCAGACGAGAAGGAUGCGACUUAGAACGUCACCAGGAUUGCACUCUGUAUUUGUACCAACAAUCUUGGAAGUGUGUUCCAACCCUUUUUAUUUUUGGUAUUUACUUCCUGUGGGAUGUUUCACGAGAGGUCUGUUUUUCUACAAAGCAUCCACCACACUGGCUCUGUAUAAUGUCUGUAGCGGUAGCGACACGCUACAAGGAUUUCCAGUACUGACUGUCGGCUGCAGAAUAAUGUGACCACCAGAUCAAUGAAGCCAAAGGCUGUGAGGGUCAGCUGACUAAUGUAUUAACCCAGUCUAGUGUUAGGCAUUGUUACACUUACCUACUAAUGAAUUACAAUGCUGUUGACUGUCCCAAUCAAAAGUAAUUUAUACAAACACUUUUGUUAUUGAUUUAACUAUGAGAUGGUUAUUUCAAUUGGGAUAUGACUUACUUAAAUAUUCCUACUUUUGGAAGGUUAGACUAGUGUUCAUGAGAGAAUCCGCCCUUUUAUGACAAGUAUAUGCUCAGGUUGGAAAAACCAUUUUGAUUUGAAAUGCCAGAAAAGGUGUUCGCAGCAAUAUUAGUUUUCCCAGGUGGUGCCAUUAACCACCAAGACCCACAAUGCCUCUGCAAAGUUGCCUCAGGUUAACGUGUACAGUAAGUUUCCACGCUAAAAAACAGUUUUCAUUCUUUAACUUAAGGGUAUAAUAAACUGUUGAAACCA